UACGGUUUAUCAUUCUUUGAGACACCUGCAAUGUCACCUUUCUUGUCGGACAGGACAUCACCUGUGCAUGCCGCUACCUGAUCUCACGGAGAUUACAUUUGCCUGAGAGCUCGACACAGAAUCACAAGAUGUCGGCUCGUGUGGUUCUCGUGGUCUAUGCCCUUGUGAUUCUCGUGACGUGUGUAAUAACGUAUGUCAAAGGUGCCUGUUCCUCCUCGCAGUGGUCCUGCAACAACAACAGAUGCAUCGCCACGUCGUUGAAAUGUGAUGGCAACGACGACUGUGGUGACAAUUCGGAUGAACAUGAAGGCUGUGUUGAUCUUGGUAACCCCUGUGGCAGUGGGAAGAUAUGUAGAAGCAUCCUUAAAUGUGUGGGGCAGCAUCAGCUGUGUAACGGUAAAGACGACUGCGGAGACAACUCGGAUGAAGAGAACUGCCCUCACAAUCUUCAGGGCUCCCAGUGCCCAACAGGAACACCGUUGGUAGACGACAAGGGGUUGGCAUAUUUCUGUGGUCGGGGUCCAUCUGCCCAGGCAUGCCCACCGAACAGCGCCUGCCAUACCGACCCUCUUGACCGCUUCGCUGUGUGCUGUCCAGUAUGAAACCAUUGUUACCAAACAAACAAAUAAAUGUUGUCAUGUGUCAGAAA